UGUCCCAGUACGGUCAGCUGUCGACUCUGAUGCAACGGUCGAAAAUCUACGGAGACAACGGGGAUCCAUUUUUAUUACGUUCGAACAAGGGCGUCCGGCCUCCGUGGUGAGCCGCAUUCCGGAGCUUCGUCUCGUGCGGCCAAGAAGCUACCGAUGGCGGAGAUUGAGUUGAAAACUGCACCAGCAGAUUUUUGCUUUCCCUCAGCAAAUCAGACAAGUCAUUGUUUUACUCGCUACAUUGAAUAUCACAAGUGUUUGAAGGCUAAAGGUGAAGAUGCUGCUGAUUGUCAAAAGUUUGCCAGAUACUAUAGAUCUUUGUGCCCACUGGAAUGGGUGAGUGCUUAUGCCUCCUGUUCUAGCACACUUAUCUUCAGUCUAAUUUGUACUUUAAUAUUUAUCAUCAGCCUCACAGAACCAUUAUUUUCAUGUUACAGUACAGAUUCCCUUGUUGUUUAAAGUUUAUCCUGUGUGGGAGUCCUUUGAGAAGUUUUUUGGUACAACCUAAUAUGGAAUAUAAACUUGGUGGCCAUUCCCUUGUUUGGUUAAUAUGAAAUCUAGGGUCCUAUUUGUUUGCUAAGAAAGUAAGAGAGAAGAAAGAAGGAGAAUGACCUAUACCAUUCUGUAGUAAUGAAAAACAAAAUUGUAAGAUCAAAUUUAAGUAGAU